AUGCCCACAACAUCAGCCGAACGUGUCUUCCACGCUAUACCCGUCCCAGCCACAGCAGAAUCGCUGUACAAUCGCUCCUAUUUCUACGUAGGAGGUGAGUAUGUGGAUGCCGAGAGUGGCGAUGGCCAGCGUAUAUUCACAGGCCAGAUGUACGUGGAGCAGCUCACGCCAGCUGGUGGUGUAAAGCACCCAUGGCCAAUAGUCUUUAUUCAAGGAGGUGGUCAGACAGGAACGAACUUCCUCAACACUCCUGAUGGCCGUAAAGGGUGGGCAUCCUGGCUCCUAGACCAAGGCUAUACUGUCUACCUCCUCGACCAAAUCUCGCGCGGCCGCUCUUCUUACCACCCUUCUACUGGCCCAACUAUCACCUAUACUGCCGAACUGGCCGAAAAACGCUGGACUGCAUGCCGCGACUUUCAGCUCUGGCCGGAGGCCGCCCUUCACACGCAAUGGCCAGGCUCGGGCCGUGUUGGCGACCCUGUAUUUGAUGCUUACUACGCCAGCACCGUCCCCUCCCUCAGGGACUAUAGCGUGGAACAAACACUUAUGCAGACCGCUGGAGCUAGCCUGCUGGACCGCAUAGGGCCCGCUGUCUUAGCCACUCAUUCUCAAGGUGGCACCCAUGGCUGGCUGUGGGCUGACGUUCGACCUGAGCUUGUCAAAGCCAUUGUCGCAAUUGAACCCAGCGGACCACCUUUCCAAAGCACUAUUGUCAAAGACGCCACGGUCAAGCUCUACGGUAUAACGGACAUCCCCAUGAGCUAUGAUCCACCAGCCGAUGCCACGAUUGACGGCCAGGCACCAUUGCAAACACACGAACAACCUGCCCUCAAUGGCAGAACCUGUAUCCUGCAACAGGAGCCUGCGCGAAGACUCAAGAAUCUCUCCAAGAUACCCGUGUUGUUAGAAACAGGCGAAGCAAGCUCCCAUGCUUCUUACGAUGAGUUCACUGUGCGCUUCCUUAGGCAGGCAGGCGUGAACGUGAAGCAUCUCAAGCUUGCGGACGAGGGGGUUCACGGGAAUGGGCACCUACAGUUUCUUGAGAAAAACAAUUUGGAAAUCAUCGAGAUGCUCGAGAAGUGGAUCAAGACGAUUGAAUAA